CCCAGCUCCCUUCCCUUGUCUUCACCAUUUUUUCUCUCCACCAAAUAUAUAUACACACGCACAUCAAACGUAAAGAAAUCAGAUGCAUAGGCAGGUCGCCCUCUUGAGGCAGUCGCUUUUUGAUCAGGGAUAUCUUGAUGAACAAUUUAUCCAAUUGGAGGAACUCCAGGAUGAUGCAAACCCUAAUUUUGUGGAGGAAGUUGUCACAUUAUACUAUCGUGAUUCAACUAGACUGAUGAAUAAUAUAGAGCAGGCACUAAGGGAAAAGGUUCCUGUUGAUUUUCAUAAGUUGGAUGGUUACAUGCAGCAGUUCAAGGGAAGCAGCACAAGCAUUGGUGCCAAAAAGGUGAAAGCUGAGUGCACACAGUUUAGAGAAUAUUGCAGGGCUGCUAAUGGAGAUGGAUGCUUGAAGAGCUUCCAACAAUUGAAAAAAGAACAUGCAACACUCAGAAAGAAACUUGAAGCAUAUUUUCAGUUGGCAAGACAAGCUGGACCGAAGGAGACUGCUUGUAGGCGCAAAUAGAAAGUAGUGAAAUGAGAAUGGUGCAAUUAACAAUAUAAAAUAGCAAAAGUAAUGGGUGAAUCUACUACUCUAUAUACAUAUAUA